UCGUUUGGCAUGCGUUACUGAUAAGAUCAUGCGUUAUGCAUAUGUUACAAACACUGCUGUGGAAAAUUGGAAACAAAAGUCAGACUUUUGCCAGCUUUCUUUCAAUCAUAGCUUCAUUAUACUUGUGUGCGUAAAACGUCUCAGCGUAAAACCACUCAGCGAGAACUCGAAAAUGAGUUGAGUUACCGCACGUGUUUGCAAACAAAUUAAAUCGCAUCGAAAUCAAUUUAAAAAUCAAAUUAAGACUGAACAGUUUAGUGCAACUUCCUGGAAAUUAUGGACUCCAAAUCGAAAACAAAUUCUACUUCCACUACCAUAAUGGAAGGCCUCAUCAAACCGCAGGAACGAGCUCGGUUCCAGGAGACAAAAGGGCGCACGACGGAAAUGCUCAUACCGAAGCAAAAAGUGCCCAAACCGACGACAGAUUCAAAGCCCAAGAAGAAGUUGUCCCGAAAAGAAAUAGCGCAGAUGGGAAUUUACGCGCUGCCGGAGGAUACCAUUCGAUAUCAACAGGUUGUUCCGCUGCAUCGACUUUGGUGCGGUUACAUGGCCCGGUACUUGGGAAAGGAAAAGCUUCCGGAUGUAACGGGAAGUCAAUACAACCAGUUCACAUCCGACAUCUUGAAAGCUGAUUACCAUGGUGCUAAGAUAAGUGUUGUCCGGACUAAAAAUCCCAGCCUGGUUGGAAUCCGUGGCAUUGUAAUACUAGAAACCAAAGGUACCUUCAAGGUAGUUUCCAAGGAUAACAAAGUACGCACUAUUCCUAAGAUGGAUUCGGUAUUCGUGAUUCACUGGAAUAACGUAGAUGUUACCAUAUUUGGAAAGCAGCUGAAUUCGAGGCCAGCGGAACGAUCGGUCAAAAAAGUCAAAAUGUUCCCUGAAUGUGAUUUAGAUUGAUUUUCAGUUCCGUUACAGUAGUAUCGGAAAUACGAAACAUCAAAUCGUAACAUACAAACAUACUUAUUUUACUUUUUUCUUCCGUUAACCUACUUAGGAUAUGGAAUAUCUUGAAGAACUUCUGAAGUAAAUGAAUGAAUUACUUUUCACUGAAGGGAUUUUCUGCCGUAAGCAGGUUCAUCCCUACACCUUUGAAGUAUUUUAUGGAGUUAUUCAUAUUUAGACAUUUCUAAAGUAGCUUAUCGAUUAUAUGGUUAAAGGAGAAUUCUGGCAGGGCGGCUUACUUAAUUAUCAAAAGCGAUUGUGAUACCAUCCUGUGUUUUAUAGUGGCUUGUAGGACAAUUUAUAAGCAUUUAUUCCCGAAAUUCCUAUCAGUAAAGAACUCUAUUAUACGAAGCUUAUGAUAUGGACAUACAACCUCUGCUCGUCAAAA